CCGCUGCGGCCUCCAAUCUCAUUCUCGCCAGAGCCCUCGCGUUUCGGUUUCGAGUGGGUGGAGUGGCUUCCUCACCACCCUGCCCACACCAACAGGGUCUGUCCCUCAAUCUGCUAUGCUCCUUCCCUCGAUGCUCGCUGCUCGCGCCCUCCGCCCACCAUCUCCUAGCUCGCUCCUGCCCUCUGGCUCCGUGGCCACCAACGUGAAAGGCGCCUUCCCUGGGCCCUUGUUGCCGCUGCCCGAUCCAGCCCAGCGCCUGCCCUCACUCCCCCUCGCCAUUGGCUGCCUGCCAUAUUGCCCUCUGUGUCAAUGACUAACCGAACCGUUCGCUCCUGCUCCUGCCGUGGCGCUACGUCUACCAGAAUUUUUCACCCUGUUCCCCCCAGCCAAUCCCACCCGCCAUCAUUUCUGACUUUUGUGCCAAUCACCGUCGCCCACCCUGUCCUGUGACCACUGCCCGUCACCGCCCACCACCGUCGCCGCCUUAUUGCUGUCCCAGUCACACCGGUCAUUCGUCGUCGUCUUGCCAGUCGCAGUCGUGGCGCAUUGCGCAAUAAUACCGGUCGCCAACUCGUCGUGAUCCACGGCCACCCACCGGGCCUGUGAAUCGUAACAGUACAGCUGGCCUUGCUUCCAUGGCUGCUUCCACUCCUACACCCACUGCCUUCCACUCCCUUCCACUCGUACCCGCUUGAAUCCUAAUAACGCUCUAGCAGCUCCCGUAUCCAUGUCUGCAUACGAACCGU